CUCUUUGAGAGCAUGCUGCUCGAACGGGUCGAAUACUACAGACUAUAAUGGCAGAUAUUAAACCAGAUUUUAGAAGUGUAGGUUUAGAGGGUGAGUUUUUGUUUUCCUUGGCAAAUGUGAAAGUUAUGCACUUGUUUUAUGAUGUUUAAAGAUAUUUGGAUCUUAUUUUUGCUGUAAUAGCAAAUUAAUUAAUUAACUAACUAAUUGUGCAUUUGUAUCUAUUCGUGCACUUGUUUUCUUUCUUAUUAUUUCUACAAAUUAGGAAAAUUCACUUUGUUGUUUUGGUGCUGGUUCAAUGUAAACUGUAUUAUUUCUAUAUUCUGUAUAUUCAUUUAUAUUUAAUUUCUACUGGAAUGAUAACCAUCUUGUUUCUCUGAAAUAUGAACAUUUCUAUUGAAUCCUCUUCCACUUUGACAUUGCAAGGUUUUAAUUUGUCUUCUGAAGCCGCCAUCCCUGCAGCCAUAUUUGCUAUUCUAGGAUAUGUUCUCAUUGUUUUCUGCAACCUUGUGCUUUUAACCACCAUCAUUAUGAAUAAGAGCCUUCAUGAGCCGAUGUAUAUUCUUCUGUUAAACCUGCCUAUUAAUGAUCUUAUCGGUUCUACAGCUCUGUUUCCACACAUUAUCAAGGAACUCCUGUGGGAUACCAGAACCAUCCACUUUUCAACAUGUGUAACUCAAGCUUUCUUUAUUCAUAUUUAUGCAACCGGUGCUGUUUUUAUUUUAACUGCUAUGGCGUAUGACAGAUAUGUGGCUAUAUGUCGACCUAUGAGAUAUAAUACAAUUAUGAAUAAUUCAAAUGUAAUGAAAAUCAUCUCUUUAGUUUGGCUGUCUAAUAUAUUUAUGAUAGCCGUUCUCUUUAUACUUUUACUGCGUUUACCGCGGUGCAGAUCACUACUGACUCACACUUACUGUGAUAACCCUUCCCUGCUCCAGCUGGUCUGUGCCAACACCUCCAUUAAUAACAUCUACGGACUGAUGACUGUAGCAGUUACUCAAGUCGUAAACGUAGGAUUAAUCGGUUUUACAUACAUACAGAUCCUUAUAGCUUGUUUUAGAAAUAAAAGCUCGGACAUGCGAAGCAAAGCUCUCCAAACCUGCGCCACACACUUAAUAGUGUUUCUGAUUUUUGAGUGUUUAGGCCUUUUCACCAUCACUUCCUACAGGUUAGCCGAUAUUUCUCCCCAUUUAAGAAAAUUCAGUGGAGUAGCAGCUAUGAUUUUGCCUCCCACAUUGAAUCCAAUCAUAUAUGGCUUGAAAACAAAAGAAAUCAGGACUAAAGCUUUAAAGUUUUUUCAUCGAAUAGUUCAUCCCUCAUAGGUUUAUGCUAUAAAACAUAUAUUUAUGUAUAUUUAACAUAUUUAAAUACUUGAUCUGUGUGGGCUACUAUUUAUUUCAAAGUAAUCAC